AAUGAAAGUUAAUUCUAUUUGUCGUUUUACAUUGGCUUUCAAAAUGUCAUGAUUUUCUAGAUUUUCUGUAUAAGAGCAAUGACACUGGCGAGCCUAAUGCUUGUCAUGCCUUGCCACAUCAGUUCCCAACCAAAGUUGCCUUGCGUGGCUUCUCCAUUCCACUCUGUGUUUCGUUCCAUAGCUUUUGAAGAUGGAAUCGGAGUCUUAUCUCCGGACGAUUCUUUUCCCGUUCGCAACCCUGUGAUCAAGGCCGGUAGUGAAGACGAAGUUGCUGGUCAUCUACAAGGGUUCAAUGUAGAUGAUGCAAGUGUCGAAGCAGAAGAAAAUGCUCAAAGGCCUACGGUGAAGAGAACUGGCGAGGGUUUUGAGGAGAAAGCCUACUUAGUAGGAGUUGCCUGCAAAAGCAGCAGGGAUGAUUCAUUUGACAUUGAGGAAUCACUGAAAGAGCUGGCUCAACUGGCUGACACUGCUGGUCUAGUGGUUGUUGGCUCUACAUUUCAAAAACUAUCCACUCCAAAUCCUAGGACGUAUAUAGGAUCUGGCAAAGUGGCAGAAGUAAAGAGUGCAAUCCGUGCCUUUGGAGUUGAGACUGCUGGUAUAGAGGAAGCCAAGACUGAAGAAAUUAUGAAGCUACAGUCUGCUUUGGAAGAAAUUCAACUUCACCUUCAAGAGACCAAAGAUUUGCUAAUGAGAGAGCACAAGAAAGCAAAGGAGGCGGCUAGGAUAGAAGAAGCCCAAACUAAAGAACUUGUGAAGCUACAGUCUACUUCAGAAGAAAUCCGAUUUCAGUUUAAAGAGGCGAAUGAAAUGCUCAUGAGGGAACGGGAGAAAGCAAAGGAAAAUGCUGAAUUAGUGGAAGCCAAAACUGAAGAGCAUCGAAAGAGUGCUGAAAUAGGAGAAGCCAAAACUGAAGAGCAUGUAAAGCUACAGACUGAUUUGGAAGAAAUGCGACUUCAACUUCAAGAGACUAAAGAGUUGCUCAUGAGGGAACAACGGAAAGCAAAAGAGACUGCUGAAAUAAGAGAAGCCAAAACAGAAGAGAAUGUAAAGCUACUGUCUGCUUUGGAAGAAAUGCGGCUUCAGCUGCAAGAGACUAAAGAUUUGCUUGUGAGGGAACAAGAUCGCACAAAGGAGACAACUGAGAUAGAGGAAUCCAAAACUGAAGAACAAUUAAAGCUACAGUUUACUUUGGAAGAAACCCGACUUCAGUUUCAAGAGACUAAAGAAUUGCUCAUGAGGGAACAAGAGAAAGCAGAGGAGAUUGAAGACAUGGAGCAGGCCAAAACUGAAGAAAAUGUGAGACUGCGGGCUGCAUUGGAAGAAAUGUGACUUCAGUUUCAAGAGACUAAAGAAUUACUCAUGAAAGAAUGUGAGAAAGGAAAAGAUAGCACUGUAGGGGCAUUUGUUGUACAAGAGGCUCAGGUCAUUGAUCUUGAAAUGGUCAAUAAGCUCGUCACUGAAAAUGAGAUACUUAAGGUAAAUUG